ACCGACUGAUGGGACACGUAGACUAUUCUCGCUAUCAGUAGUAUGGUACUAGUACCAGCAGUACUAGUACAUGGCUCUAGGCCCUCCGCUCCACGAGGGGGUAGACUCCGGCUCCCUCCUCUUGGUGUGACCCGAUGACCCGGAACAGGCCCGGGAUGUUUUUCUUCCUGCUGGGCGAUGAACGGAGCUCUGUCCCGGUAUGUCUCUGGCUGAAACCCCGCAGUACUGCGGGCACCGGGCCCUGACUGAGUCUGUGUCGGAGCAGUUAAGGCGGGUCGGGGAGGAGGUUCUGGGUUUGCUGGAGAAGCGGAGCGGCGAAUCCUCCGGAAGACGCCUACUCCACCUGCUCCGGCUGCUUCUCAACGAACGGCUGGCCGCAGCGGCGGAGCGGAUCGUCGGGCUGCUGGAGCGGGAGGUAGAGGAGUACCGGGGGCAGCUGGAGCGGCAGAGCCGGCUGCUGGAGGUCGUGCUGAGUCCGGUGGUCCGAUUGAACCGGACAGAUUCCAUCAGCUCAUCAAUUCUCUGCUGUGAUCAAAACCAGCCACCACGGUUUGAGGUUAACCCCGUCCCUACAGCUCCACCCAGCCCUGCCUCCUCAGACGCCUCUGCAGUUGACUGUGACAAUGACUGGAGGAGAAUUAACAAGUCCUCCUGCAACAAAGACAGAGACAGGAUGGGACCAGUGGCAGGACUAUGGUCCAGUGGUCGAAAACAGCAAGCAGCAUCUCCCAACCGCCCGGCGACUCACCGCUGUAUCGUCUGUAGAAAAACUUUCCGCCACAAAGGGAAUUUGGUGAAACAUGUGGAAACUCAUUGUGACAACCAGGAAUGUCUCUGUGGAGUGUGUGGGGAAUGUCUUGAGUCCUCAGACGGUUUGUUGGACCAUCUCAGGUCUCACAGAGAAACUGUCGGCAGUGGCGGGACAUGUGAGAUCUGUGGGAAGACAUUUCAGAACAUAGAGACGCACAUGAGGAGUCACACAGGAGCCAAACCGUUCAGCUGUGACAUCUGUGGGAAGAGCUUCCCUCGACCUGGAGCGCUGAGGAGGCACAAGAAAAUCCACAGCAGGAAGACUGCCAAUGAGUGCCCCAUCUGUGAACAGACCUUCGCCCAGAACCAGCUGCUCCAGGAUCACCUGAGGACCCACAAAAAGGAUGAGGACAGUCAGUCAGAGAAACCAAAGAGUGAUGAAAGGCAGGACUCUGGACUGAAGUCGUCUCAGUUAGCCUCGCUCUGCUGCAGAGUCUGCGGUGACUCCUUCCACAGCCGAGGCUUCCUGAGGAAACACGCUGAGACGCACUGCAGGGAGUCUCCGAGCAUUUGUGGUGUCUGUGGACAGCAGGUGGACUCACCUGACAGUCUGCUGACUCACCUGCGGUCUCACAGAGAAACUAGCGGGACCUGCAGCAUCUGCGAGAAGAGUUUCCAGAACAUGGAGAUGCACAUGCGAAGCCACACUGGGAUCAAACCAUACCGCUGCAGCAUCUGUAACAAACACUUCCCCCGACCAGGAGCGCUGAGGCGCCACAAGAAGAUCCACAGCGGAGAGCGACCGUACACCUGCCAGCACUGUGGGAAGACCUUCAUCGAGAGCAGUGCCUUGAAGACUCACAGCAGGAGUCACUUAUGGGAGAUCCACGAGGACAGGGACCCUGAGGCGUUGGCAGAUUCUCAGAACCUGAAGUCUGAGACUGAGAACAGCAAGAUGUCAAUUCAGACAUCUCACUGCUGCAAACUGUGUGGUGAAUCCUUCCUGAGUAAAGGUGGUUUGAGGAAACAUGCAAGUAACCACUCAGCAGAAUCUGUCUGUGGCGUCUGUGGUGAAAGUUUACUACAGUCAGAGACUCUCACAGACCACCUGCAGACCCACAGGGACACCGGUAAAAUCUGUCACGUCUGUGGCAAAGCCUACCAGAACAUAGAGACUCACAUGCGAAGUCACACUGGCAUCAAACCAUACUGCUGCAGUGUCUGUGGUAAAGCUUUCCCACGGCCUGGUGCUCUGCGGCGCCACAAGAGGACCCACAGUGGGCAGCGACCGUACAUCUGUGAGUUCUGUGGGAAGACGUUUAUGGAUAACUGUGCUCUGACGACGCACAUCAGGAACCACACCGGGAACAAACUGGCCCACCGUGUCUCCUGCGAGACCUGCGGGAAGAGCCUGGCAUCGGUCCAUGUCCUGGAGGUGCACAAAAGGAUCCACACAGGCGAGAAGCCAUUCCAGUGCCGCAUCUGUGGGAAAGCAUUCAGGCAGGUGGGAGGGCUGAACGCCCACAUGCUGACCCACACUGGAGAGAAGCCAUUCACCUGCAACCUCUGCUACAAGAGCUUCAGCACCAAAGGAUACCUGGAGACUCACAUCCGCUUCCACAAGGAGGAGCGAGCAUUCAGCUGCCACCUUUGCUGGAAGGCCUUUGUCACCAAGAAUGACCUGAAGAAACACUUGCUGACUCACACCGGAGAGAAACCCUACAGCUGCAGGGUCUGCGGCAAGAGCUACCAGGAGAAACGCUCCCGAGACAUCCACAUGAAAGUCCACCUGGAUGUCCGGAUCGGCAAAGAGCCCAUCAGGAGGCAGGACGGUCUGCAGCCAGACUUCAUACAGCUGUAAAGUGCAGAUCAGUCGUCAGACUGGUUUUACUAACUGCUACACAGAAAUGUGCUGUGGUGGUUCUUCUCUCAUCAACAGUUUCUAAAAUGAGGUCCAGUAUCAAGCACAAUAAAAUAGUCAAAUUUUCAAAUAUUUUA